AUGUCACAUAGAAAUACAAGUAUGGAAUGCUUGGAAUGCAAUAUGGAAUUCAGAGGACUUCAAAAAAAAUCAGAGCAAAAUAAAAAAAAUAGGCGUAAAGGUGUAGUUGGUGGAAAAGCCCCACCUACCCAUAAUGGUGGAUCGGCUUCACAUCAACAAAUUGCUGCUGAUAUGGAGGAAUAUACAGGAAAAGCUCCAUCAUGCUAUGAACUAUUCAUGUUUACUCAUACUAAGGAUCAUGAUGGAAAAACAUUUCAAGUUGACAAAGCUAAAGAAGUUCAUGAUUUGUUUGUGUCUCGACGUGCGGAUUUGGCAUUGCUAGGAGAGGAAGUUCCUGAAAGCGAACUGUUUUAUGCAGCUGUUGGAGGACAUGAUCGUAAGAAAAGAGUUUAUGGGCUUGGAUCAUAUGGCAGGUCCAUUUUUCGUGAAAACUCCUCUCAAACAUGCACUUCACCAGAUACAAGUUUUGAGAAAGAUCAUCUCGAGAGGAAGAUCCAGAAAUUAGAGGAAACCAUAAACCAACAAAGGAUGGAGUUGGAUGAUGUGAGAAACAUGGUUAAUGAUAUGAAUAAUCAGUGA